CAUGCGCAGCGCGGGGAGACCUUGGCGAGGCGGCGGCGACGCUUAGUGGAGGUGAAAGCUUUUGGCGGAAAGGAAAGUCCAGCGGCAAGAUGCAGAGCUGGAGUCGUGUGUACUGUUCUUUGGCUAAGAGAGGCCAUUUCAAUCGAAUAUCUCAUGGUCUGCAAGGAGUUUCUGCAGUGCCACUGAGAACUUAUGCAGAUCAACCAAUUGAUGCUGAUGUAACAGUGAUAGGUUCUGGUCCUGGAGGAUAUGUUGCUGCUAUUAAAGCUGCCCAGUUAGGCUUCAAGGCCGUCUGCGUUGAGAAAAAUGAGACACUCGGUGGAACAUGCUUGAACGUUGGUUGUAUUCCUUCUAAGGCUUUAUUGAAUAACUCUCAUUAUUACCAUAUGGCCCACGGAAAAGAUUUUGCAUCUAGAGGAAUUGAAAUGUCUGAAGUUCGCUUGAAUUUAGAGAAGAUGAUGGAGCAGAAGAGUAAUGCAGUAAAAGCUUUAACGGGUGGAAUUGCCCACUUAUUCAAACAGAAUAAGGUUGCUCAUGUAAAUGGAUAUGGAAAGAUAACUGGGAAGAAUCAGGUCACCGCUACGAAAGCCGAUGGCAGCACUCAAGUUAUUGAUACAAAGAACAUUCUUAUAGCCACAGGUUCAGAAGUCACUCCUUUUCCUGGAAUUACGAUUGAUGAAGAUACAGUAGUGUCAUCUACAGGUGCUUUGUCUUUAAAAAAAGUUCCAGAAAAGAUGGUUGUCAUUGGUGCAGGAGUAAUAGGUGUAGAAUUGGGCUCAGUUUGGCAAAGACUUGGUGCAGACGUGACAGCAGUUGAGUUUUUGGGUCAUGUUGGUGGAAUUGGAAUUGAUAUGGAGAUAUCUAAAAACUUUCAGCGCAUCCUUCAAAAACAAGGAUUUAAAUUUAAAUUGAAUACCAAAGUUACUGGUGCUACUAGGAAGCCAGAUGGAAAAAUUGAUGUUUCUAUUGAAGCUGCUUCUGGUGGUAAAGCUGAAGUUAUCACUUGUGAUGUACUCCUGGUUUGCAUUGGCCGACGACCGUUUACUAAGAAUUUGGGACUAGAGGAGCUUGGAAUUGAGCUGGAUCCUAGAGGUAGAAUUCCAGUAAAUACCAGAUUCCAAACUAAAAUUCCAAAUAUCUAUGCAAUCGGCGAUGUGGUUGCUGGUCCAAUGCUGGCUCACAAAGCAGAGGAUGAAGGCAUUAUCUGUGUUGAAGGGAUGGCUGGUGGCGCUGUGCACAUUGACUACAAUUGUGUACCAUCGGUGAUUUACACACACCCUGAAGUUGCUUGGGUUGGCAAAUCAGAAGAGCAGUUGAAAGAAGAGGGUACUGAGUACAAAGUUGGGAAAUUCCCAUUUGCUGCUAACAGCAGAGCUAAGACAAACGCUGACACAGAUGGUAUGGUGAAGAUACUUGGGCAGAAAUCAACAGACAGAGUAUUGGGAGCACAUAUUCUAGGACCAGGUGCUGGUGAAAUGAUAAAUGAAGCUGCUCUUGCACUGGAAUAUGGAGCAUCCUGUGAAGAUAUAGCUAGAGUCUGUCAUGCACAUCCGACCUUAUCAGAAGCUUUUAGAGAAGCAAACCUGGCUGCAUCAUUUGGGAAAUCGAUCAACUUUUAAAUUAGAAGAUUAUAUUUUUCUGCAAUUUCCUGGGAGCUUUUGUAGAGACUUUGAAGAAAAACACAGCAGCACCACUCAGCUGUGUUGUGGCGGAUGGACUACAAGAGUGAUUCCGAAUGUCUGAUGUAACAUGAGCACAGUUCCAGAGCGUGGAGCACCAGCUCUGUACAUAAGCAGCUUCAAGCCCAUACAAUCCCACAAACUCUAAAGAUGUAAGUGACUCCAGUGUACAAUUAUGCCUCCCAGCCACCCACCAAAAAUGCUCUCACGUGAACCUCAGGGAUCUCCUUCAAGAUGGGACAUUCAGAAAGCAAGCCCCACCGCCACCAGGAAGACAGCAGGAGCAACCCAAAGGAGCUUUUCAUACCCAACCCCCUUCAAGCCACGUCUCAUCAAAGGAGCCUCCUCCUUCCACCAACAAAGCAACCCUUUCGUUUUUCCUGAGAAAGAAGGUAGUACCAGUAAGAAUGGAGUAUUUCAUUUGGAAUCUAAACCCAACUGCAUUUUGUUCUGUAUCUUCCUGUCUCCAAAGCUGUACUUUAGGCAUCUAUUUGUAAAUUACUCGUAUAUACAGUGGGCAUGUGUGUAUGUAUCUCAAAGAAAGGAAUAUUUGAGAAGACCUUACCCCUGGGUAUCACCUAACUCAGUAUUAUUGUCUUCUCAGGAAUAUAAUUGUACAAAAAACGGGGAAAAUGCAGAGAUGCUGAAAGGUUGGGGGCCAGUCGAAAAAUGAUGUUUAAGGCUGAGAGAAUACCAUGACCCAACUCAAAGAAAAAGUGCUUAAAAGGAUUUGCGGGUUAAAUUACAUUUAGUAAACCUGAUGGCUCUUUUCCUGAGGCUAGUUUCUUUUUUUUCAGUCCUUUGCUUUUAUUAAUCGGUUGAUUCACAGAAGGCUUUCAUUUUUCCUCAGGUCUCGUACAAUGUUAUACUUUUACAAAGUCAAAUCUCACAUUGUAUAUUUGUAAAUAAUGCCCCUUUGGAUCCUAGACCAUGCGUCCUUGGAUACUGUGUUGAAAAAAGAUUGAUGAAAUUGGUGUUCCUGAGGUGAUUACAAUCUGUCUGAUUAGGUGAAGAGUGAAGGUAGGACCAGGGCUGUCUGAGGAGUGUAGUCGCUCUUGUUUUCCCUUAAGGUGCAUGGCACCCAGGUCAAGACAUCAUUUCCUAAAUGGGCUUGCACUCAGACCAGGGCCUUCCACAGGGCCUUCCACAGCUCAUUAUCGCUACAUGUAAGGAGGCUGAGUUGUACCACAGUCUUUUUAAUGAGGUUGAGUUCCUCACUAAGUGCAUUAUGGCCCCACAUCAGACAUCGCCUAACACCCUGGUCAACCGCAUGAUCUUGGCCAUGAGAUCUGAGGCUUGAAAUCAAGGGACUAGUUACUUUAAAUCUAGGUCUAGGAAGGUACUUGAGCUCAUGUCAGCAGUUAGCUUCCUGCUUCUCAUACACAGUGCUGAGACGAAAAGGCCAUCUCACUUCUUAGAGAUGCUGAUUAAAAGUCCCAUCACACAAAAAUGUUACCGUAGUUCUGUCACGAUAUAAUAUCGCCUUAAUGUAUAGGACUUAGCCAUGAAACAGCCCCCUUGCUCAUGCCAAAUGGUGAGUCUACAAUAAAAACCCACAGCAUUUGGGGAAACACAAAUGCUUCAUACCCUUUCCUGUUUUGUCCUUUAGCCUAGACCUUAUGCUGUUUUGGGCCGGGGCCGGGGCGGGGAGUCCUUUUUGGCAAAGGGAGUUGGAAUGUUUGAGAGCAGGAAAGAUGACUGGCUGGGAGAAAUGGGAGAAAAAAAUGGGAGAAGGUUCAGCAUCACUUUGCUCAAUUCUCUCUGCUUCCACUGGCAAAAUACACACUUUCCAAUUAGAGAGAUGAUUACCCAGAGAAGGGCUAAGAGGAGGAAUUUUCAUCACAGAGAACUUGUUAUAAUUGGAUGAAUGAAGCACUGCUCUAGUGGACCAACAGCUGAGCAGUGGAAAUAACCUAGACAUAGGAGUCUUAUUUGUGGUAAUGGACUUUUCCUGGUAGUAGCAAAACAUGUAACAAUUCAUACUGUUUUCUGCAAUUACCUUACCAUUUCAUAGAUCAGUCCUUUUGUCACUCUGUCAGGGAAAGGUAAAUACUAUCCUCCCCUCCGCAGGAGAGAAGAGAGAGGCUUAGAAAUGAGUGAGUCAUUCAAGUUCACAAGCCUAGCAAGUAACCCAGCUGUGACUCCGUUACGGAUCCUUUGUCUCUGAAUCCAGCAUCCUUACCAUUCUACUGCCCGAGAAUACUGUUUGCAGAGAAGAGUGCUGAAUAUAACGUUCACACAUUUUGCACUGCAACUCUGGUCCCCAACAAUGAGCCAUCGUCCACUCACCCCCAUGCCCAGAGCAGCGACUGCUGGGAAAACAAAUGGCCCAGUUACCUAUUUUCACUCACAGCACUAACCACGCCUCCUGGUGGAAGGGCCACGCUGUGGAUUCAUCGAGUGGAAACAGCAUCGUGAGCUGUUACUCUGGUCCAUCAGCUACUUACUCUGCUUCCUCAAAGAGGUUCCCGAUGUUCUUCAGCGGCUCGGCGGCUGGGCUCUGGGCCAGGAUGUCUCUGAUCUCGUUGACUUUCUUCUCCACCGAGUCCACAGUCUCCCGGUAAGGCCCAAUCACGCCACUGAUCUUCAAGGCCUUGGCUUUCUCCAGGAACUUCCGUGUCCUGUUGGUCAGCUCGGCGAUGAUCACGUCCCAAAGGGCAAAGCACUGGUGGCAGGGCAUGCAGUCGGGGAAGACGCCCGAGUACCCCCGAGUGCACUUGUCACAGCGUGGACCCUCCACACCCUCGACGCAGACACACUGGCCGGUGGACUGGUCACACUGCAGUGUCUCGAUGCCCCUGGGGUCGCAGUCACAGGCUAGAAGGGAGACGGCAGUGCUGGCUGAGCUACUAGAGCCCCAACCUCAGCGACUUGGCAGUUAGAAUCCUCAGUCACCAUUACAAUGGGAAGGUUUGUAAAUGGUCCAAGACAGUUUACCAACGGUUUGCAAAGAGACUGCAGCUGCUUCCUCCAGAACACACGUUAUCUCAACCCUGGCUAAUCACGUCUUAACUAUAAUAGUGAUGAUAGUUUUUUUUUUUAAGUGAACACCACUGUACACCAUUGUGCCUGCCAUUGUACAGAUGGUUUACAUGCAUCAUCUCAUUUAAUCCUCAACAUAACCCUACAGGAACCAGGUGUUACAAUCAUCAGUUUUAUGGAUGUGGAAACUGAGGUUUAGAGAGGUUACAUGACUGCCAAGUCUUCCAGCAAGGAAAUGGCCAAGCCAGGAUUCUAUCUCAGCACUUGGCAGGCUCCAGAGCCUGUGCUCUUAAGCUCUGUCCUGCCUUUGCCUCCCUCUUUUUUUGACCCGUCUGUAGAUCCUCCCAGGACAGACAAUUCAGGUGACGGCCUGGUGACAUGAGGCCUCUGGCCUGAGAUACAGCAGUAAUGAGCAACACACCAACAUCCCUCUAUCCGGUCACAAAGCACAACAGUGAAUGCUUGAUGAAAUGCAAUAAAGUUGAUAAAAAGAAAACGAAAUCAGGCAGAAGUCUCAGGAAUUCCAAGUAUCCCGAUUUAAAAGGCUUUCAACUCAGUAUCCUCUAACUCAGGCUUUCAACUCAGUAUCAUCUAACUCGUGGGUGGGUGUCUGCCAUUGUGAUAACCACCCCUAGCCCUAAGAGCAGAGGCUCAUAAAACAUCUGAAGUGAUAGGAAAGGCCUUGGGAGCCAUUCAGUCCCAACCUCUCACUGGCCCAACAGGGUGGGCACCUUAGGCAGAACCAAAUGGUACAGGGUGAAAUCUGCGUUCUUGGCCAACGGCCUGUGGCUGAGAUUACCCAUCACGAUGCCUAUGCCUUUGAACCCUGGCUCAGAGUCCCAAAGCUCAGGUGACUAACUUGGUUUUAUAUCAACACUUGACAUUUCACAGUAUCUGUACAGUGUUUGAAUAACAAAAGGCCUGUACACACGUCUUAUUGCUGGCCUUAAAUCCUUUCUGGGAAAAGGUGGGGAUAAAAAAAACAAAAAGAUCCUAUUUCCCUAACUAGAUUGUGGACUCCAAGGGCAAAGGUACACCUGUAACCACUUCUCCAUUCUCAGCUCUGAGUACAAGGUCAACUUGCAAACUGGAGUUCAACCGUCUUUGCCAAACGAGCCUUUAACCUCGCUUUUGAUACAGGUAUGCAAGAGACAUCCAUACACCCCUACAAAAGAAAAUAAUCCUCCUAAGACGCAAUGUCAACUGUGGCAAAGCAUAACAGAAUCAUCCUCUCUGAGGUAGCUUUGCACCCCAGUGCUCACAGCAGCACUAUUUACAAUAGCCAAGACACGGAAGCAACCUAGUGUCCAUCAACAGAGGAAUGGAUAAAGAUAUGGUGUAUAACACACACACACACACACACACAAAAUAUUACCCAGCCAUCAAAAAAGAAUGAAAUAAUGCCAUUUGCAGCAACAUGGAUGGACCUAGAGAUUAUCAUUCUAAGUGAAGAAAGUCAAAGACAAAUAUAUGAUAUUGCUUAUAUGUGGAAUCUAAAAAAAAAAAUGAUACAGAUGAACUUACUUACAGAACACAUAAACCCUGAGACAUAGAAAACAAACUUCUGGUCACCAAAGGAGAAAGGUGAGGGAAGGGAGGGAUAACUUAGGAGUUUGGGGUUAACAUAUAUACACUACUAUGUAUAAAAUAGAUAAACAACAAGGACCUACUGUGCAGCACAGGGACCUAUACAAUAUUUUGUAAUAACCUAUAGGGGGAAAGAAUCUGAAAAAGAAUAUAUAACAAUCACUGUGCUGUACAUCUGAAACACAACAUUGUAAUUCAAAAACAAAUUAAAAACAAACAAAAAACCCCUUCUUGAGUCAAUAGGUACGAUUGCCUCUGAAAGACUUUCUAAUAAAACAUAUUCUAGAACCAGUUUCACCGAUGGUCCUGAGAAACAAAACGCCUUUAUCCUCCAAAGCCAGAAAGACGUGUUUGUGGCUUGGACCGAAGUUCACCUGAACAUCCUCACACCUUGCCUUGUAUUGUUUAGCUUUUCCUGGCCUUUGUUUGCCAACUACACUCCACGAUCUCAAGCGGCAAGUUUGAGUAGCACAGCGUUGUAAUAAGAGCACAGGCUGCCUGGUGGUGAAUCUUGCCUUCCCCACACCCAGCUAUGCGGCCCUGGGGAGGACAGAAACUGAGUCAUGGCUUUUCGCAUAAAAGGGGUAAUGAUUAUACCUAGCUCCUCCUAGGAUUGCUUUCAGGAUGAAAGUGUCUGGUCCAGAGUAAGCACUCAAUAAAUGUUUUUAUUCUUAUCAUUCUAUGUCCAAGUGUCUGGUGGUUCCUGCCCAGAGUGUUGCUUGAUCAUAUUUCCAUGGGAAAAAAGCUGUCAUGGCCUUACGUUUGUCUUUGCAUAUUUGCCAAUAACAUGAUUAUUAAACAAUCUGAAGUUUGGAA